AUGGUAUUUUCUCACCCGCUGUGUUAUAUUUGCCGCUGGUGGGUAACAGCUGACGCAUCAUAUCAAUCACAGCCUCCGAAGAAACGCUCUCGCGCUAGCAGGGCCUCGAAGCUAGUAGCAGAGCUAGACUUAACACCCGAAGAGGAAGAGGAGGUAGCAGAGGUGUGGUCGAUGUACGUCGACGAAGAGGCCUCGGAGGACAUCGGUGAAGAAGUGAUUGCUACAAAGGACGUUAGGAGAGUCUUGAUGUGAGCUCUGAUCCUAUAUGCUGUACCUUAUGCAAGACUAUAGUGACUCGUGGAACACCCUAGUGGCAUGGGAUUCGAGUCUUCAAAGGAGGAAAUGAACGAGAUACUCGAAAUUGUCGAUCCAGAUGACGAGGGUUUGGUCACUUACGAAAGGUUCCUACCGGUCGCGUCGUUGAAACUGAAAGGUUUGCCUCCUCAUGUCCCUUGCUAUGUGAAGAUAUGGUGGGCGGAUGGUGUUAAUAGUAGUCCGCAAUACAGAUCGAGAUGUCCACGAAGAAGCCGAGAAAGCCUUCCAAAUCUUUACCGCCGGCCAACCCGGACCUAUCACUAUGGAGCACCUGAGGCGUGUUGCUGAUCGACUCAAAGAAGAUGUUACGGAUGAUCAGUUAAGAGAGAUGCUCGCGGUAGCCUGCACAAAGGAGAUCAGUAGAGGCGUGGACCUGUUGGUAACCCCCCAUUGCGAUCUCAAAACACUGUUAACCCUUUCCAUAGGAAUGAUUUCCAAGCGGUAA